GGGGCUGCCGCCGGGUCCCCCAGCCGGCCGGGCGAGGUCUGCGCUCGGGCCGCUCUGUACCUUAUCCCCACGAGACGGACCCGCAGUCUCCCAUCGCGAAGGAGCGCCCGCCACUGACCCGUCUUUGCCCCCUGAGGAAAGCUGGCCCCGAGCGAGGCAGGCUGCUCCCCCCGCCCGCGGGGGCAGGGGACGAGGCGCAGCUCGAGUGGCCGGGGGUGAGGGGACGAGUGGGCCCAUCUAGUCCACUCGGACGCUCCGGCCCGUGAACGACCCCCUUGGGCCCCCACAGCGGAGCUGACAAGUGACAGCACUGAGGCUCCGGCUGCUGGCGCUUAGGCCCGGGGGCACGACCGGGGCGGCCCGGCGACCCUCCCCCGGCUCGUGUGGGCGGCCGCGUGGCCUCGCCCCACUCGGGGACGACUGUAGCGGAGGAGCGCGGACGCGGGCGCAGGCCGGGCUUUCGCGCGAGGGACGCGAGGGGGCAUCAUGAACAUUGAAGCAUAUUUUGAAAGAAUUGGUUAUAAGAACUCUAGGAAGAACUUGGACUUGGAAACACUAACUGACGUUCUACAGCACCACAUCCGGGCCAUUCCCUUUGAGAACCUUAACAUACAUUGUGGGGAAGCCAUGGAAUUGGGCUUACAGGCCAUUUUUGAUCAAGUUGUGCGAAGGAACCGGGGUGGGUGGUGUCUCCAGGUCAAUCAACUUCUGUACUGGGCUCUGAGCACAAUGGGAUUUGAGACCACAAUUUUGGGAGGGUAUGUUUACAUAACUGCAGUUGACAAAUACAGCAGUAACAUGAUUCACCUUGUGCUGCAGGUGACCAUUGGUAGCAGGAAGUACAUUGUUGAUGCUGGGUUUGGGCGCUCCUACCAGAUGUGGCAGCCUCUGGAGUUAAUUUCUGGAAAGGAUCAGCCGCAGGUGCCGUGCAUCUUCCGCUUGAGAGAAGAGAGUGGAAUCUGGUACCUGGACCAAAUCAGAAGAGAGCAGUACAUUCCAAAUGAAGAAUUUCUUAAUUCUGAUCUCCUGGAAAAGAAUAAAUACCGAAAAAUCUACUCCUUUACUCUUAAACCUCGAACAAUUGAAGAGUUUGAGUCUAUUAAUACAUACCUGCAGGAGUCUCCAGCAUCUGUGUUUACAAGCAAAUCAUUUUGUUCUUUGCAGACCCCAGAAGGGGUUCACUGUUUAGUGGGCUGGACUCUCACCUCCAGGAUAUUCAAUUAUAAGGACAAUAUAGAUCUGGUAGAGCUUAAGACUCUGGAUGAGGAAGAAAUAGAAGAAGUGCUGAAAAAUAUAUUUAAUAUUUCCCUGGAGAAAAAGCUAGUGCCCAAACACGGUGAUCGAUCUUUUACCAUUUAAGUUAAGGUGCAAAAUAAACCUCUCUAUAUUUAUCACCCAGCUCAACAGUUGUCAACUGAUGACCUCUCAUAUUUCCUCUAACCCCCUACAUUAUUUUGAAGAAAAUUCUAGAUAUGAAAUCAUUUUACUCAUAAAAAUGUCAGUAUAAACAAUUAAUAAGCACACACCUCUUCAAUUUAAUAACAAUAAAGGCAUUGUAAGGUUAGUUUCUGGUAAUGGGAACUGUAGUGGCUUAUGCUAGAAAACUUUCAAUAUUGGGUUAUUAUUGAAUUCAUAGAAGAUUGUUAGUGGUGAUAGGUAAAAUAGAAUAUUAUGGAAAAACUUUUUGUCUAUGAAGUAUAUUAAAACAUUGUUAGCUAA